AUGUUGGAUGGUCCGCUUGUGUUGCAAGGACCGCUUAUGCUGGAUGGGUCUAUCAUGCUAGAUGGGUCACUCGUGGUGGAUGGGUCACUCAUGUUGGACGAUCGGCUCAUAUUGGACGAGCCACUCAUAUUGAAUGGUCCGCUCAUGCUGGAUGGGCCACUCGUGUUGGAUGGGUCACUUACGUUGGACGAUCGGCUCAUAUUGGACGAGCCACUCAUGUUGAAUGGUCCGCUCAUGCUGGAUUGGCCACUCGUGUUGGAUGGGUCACUCAUGUUGGACGAUCGGCUCACAUUGGAUGAGCCACUCAUGUUGAAUAGUCCGCUCAUGCUGGAUGGGCCACUCGUAUUGGAUGGGUCACUCAUGUUGGAUGAUCCGCUCAUGCCAGAUGGGUCACUCAUGCCAGAUGGGUCACUCAUGCCAGAUGGGUCACUCAUGCCAGAUGGGUCACUCAUGCUGGAGGGAGUGCCCACCUGA